AUGGUCGAGACCCGCCGGACGUCGCGUCGGCUCCAGGCAAAGGCAACAGCUGCGGCCUCGAGCCCCACGCCGUGUGCUGCAGUUGACCCACCAGCAGCCACUCGUGCGAGCGCUGGCGCAGGACAAUUAGCAGCUGCGAGCGAAGAGCAGUUAGAACAAGUGACGUUACCCAUUUCAGAGCCAAAGACGAAGAAGAAGCAGAAGAAGAUGACUCGUGUUGAAGCUGAAGCUAUAGAGGUCAAACAGGAGGAGCACGAGCAAGAGAAGAAGAAGGACAAUGAAGAAGAAGAAGAAGAAGAGGACGACGAGGAUAUUGAUCAAUACGCUCUUGUUGCUGCGUCGGGGCUCAACCUGUCGAGAUGUACGGCGGCUUCCCAGUCGGUGCCAGUGGCUGCGCACGUAACCCGACACGUGUCUACUGCUGAGCUGGUCAAGCAGCGCAUGGUGCCCAACAAGCUCGACAGCGGUGCGGCAUUGCCGUACCAGACGUUCUUCAGCUUUGACGGGACAAAGCGCUCGAGUGCUGCUGCACUGCGUGCCGAGGCACAGGCGUUGGAAGAAGCCCACAUCAUUGCAGCCAGCCGGAAAGCGGUCGCGCACUCGGAGCGACAGCGCGUCGAGUCGCAGCACAGAAAGUCGGCGGGGCGCCGCUGGUUCAACUUUGAGUCGGAAGAGCUGACGGCCGAUGCGCGUCGGGACUUUGCUCUCCUCCGGAUGCGAAACUACUUGGACCCGAAAAAGUUCUACAAGAGCUCCGACCACUCGCGCGCGUUGCCCAAGCACUUCCAAAUGGGUCAGGUCAUUGAGGGCGCGCACGAGUUCCACUCGGCGCGUCUGACCAAGAAACAGCGUCGCCAAACCUUUACCGACGAGAUCAUGGCCGACGACGAUAUCGUCCGGUACACUCACCGCGUGGCCGGCAACAUCCAAGCAGCAGCAGCAACUCGCAGGGCUCCAGGCCGUCCGAAGAAGCGACGGAACUAG